UUUUUUUUUUUUGCGAAUGGUCGAUACGCCAUGCGUAGCCAACCGUACUUGUGUUUUGUUUGUCUAACAGAGGUAUAGAAAAUGAGCAAUAAUCCCUACGCGCUCAACGGUUACGGAGGCCCAACUAAUGGCACCAACCCAUACGCUCCGACCAAUGUGUCCCAUUCUAUCUCCUCUGGUCGCUAUGCGGACCCGUACUUGAAUCGACAGAACAACUCUUCCUCCGCCUCCGUCAACAGUUUCGGAUCGCAAGAGCGGCGACGCAGAUCCAACCCCUAUGAACAGCGCGGGGAGCGAGACUCUCCUGCGCAGGGAUUACCGGGCAGAGUAGCUCCAGGAGGUGGAAGUGGUGGCGGGGGCUAUGGAGGAUCAGCGGGAGGAGGAGUAGGUGGUGGUGGUGGUUAUGGAGGAUUACCGCGCCCAAGAUAUGCAGAAGAGCCUCCUCCAAGAAACGACAAUGGUUAUGCCCGGGAAAGAGAGCCUCAGGCGUACGAGCAGAGACCGCAGAGGCCGCCGACUCGAGAUAGGGACAGAGUCAAUCAUGACCCGAGGUUUCGCGACAACCGAGAGGGCCGGUCUCCCAUGCCUCCACCUCCGACGAUGCCACCUACUACGAUGCCUAAGAAACCCUCCAUGACUAGCCUGAACGCGCCGAGCAGCCAGACGAAUGGCUACAGUAACCAGACCUACCCCCUUCCCGAGAAUGCGAACAGACAGUAUUCGCCGCGGAGGCCACAGAAGAGCAUGGACGAGAUCCUGCGACACAUUCAGUCAAGUUGGAAGGACAUGGAAGGCGACGAAUGCGUCCCCGUCAAGAUUGCCCUGAAGCUCAUGGAUCCAAGCUCGUUGGGCCUCAAGGACAAGGAGGAUGAUUUCUCCAGCACGCACGUUGAUUUGCAGAAGUGCCUCAAGUCGGUGGUGAACGAGCACUACGCCGACUUCAACAGUGCCGUCGGUACGUACCACAAGAUCCAAUCCGCCAUCCGGGAAAGCCAGAGUCGAGUGAGACAUCUCAAGGGAGGUCUGAUGAGCGUCAAGGGCGGCAUGUUGACCACGAGGCCUGAGUUGCGAGGGUUGGCCGAACAGUCCGGGGACCUGGACCACAUGCUAGUUAUCCUGAGCAAUAUCGAAUCCCUCAAGACCGUCCCGGGCAAACUCGAGGAGAAGAUUAGUGAAAAGAAAUUUCUCGGAGCCGUCGACCUGCUGAUGGACAGUCUCAAAGCCAUCACCAAGAGCGAACUCGAUGGCAUCGGAGCAAUCACGGACCUACGGAGUUACUUUAUCAACCAGGAAAGCACCCUACUAGACAUCUUGGUCGAAGAACUGCAUGACCACCUGUAUUUACGGAGUCCCUACUGCAAAGACAGAUGGAAGGGGAAGAAGGCCAAUGGCGAAGAUAGAGAGUCCAAGGACAACCUGAUGGGCAGCGUCAACGUCUGGGAUCGACCAUUCAUCCACUACCUGAACAGCGCCGAUAUCACCACGCCCAUGAUCGAAGACGCGUCAAAGAACCCCGAGGCCGACACUUUCUACUACAUCCACAUGAUUCUAGAGUCUCUGCACAAACUCGGCCAGCUCGGGGAAGCCGUGUCGCGGAUAGAGCAGAGGAUGCCAAUGGAGCUGUACAAGGUGGUGGAAAAGACCAACCACGACAUUGACGCCAAAUACCCGACCCAUCUCAGAGGACACGUCAACAAGGACGGCCGCAAAGUCAUGGCCCUGCAGGUCCACGACGCCCGAGCUCAGGUCCUCUCCGAUUUCCUCUGGACGCUGUACUCGAAGUUCGAGGCCAUCGCUGAGAGCCAUCGCGUGCUUCACGAGAUCAUAACCGGGAUCGCCUCGCGAGAGAAAUUGACCAAACCGGACAAGUAUACCAGCGGCUUCAAGGAGCUGUGGAAGCUGUACCAGAUGGAAAUGCGCUCCCUCUUGCACGACUACCUCGCCACCGACGGCGGCAUGACGCUACGCUCCGGCCUCAACACGACGACGAGCACGGACAUCUUCGCCCGCCCGACACGGGACAAGAGCAAGAAGAUGUUCAAGCUGUCCGAGAUGGACCUCAAGUCCGAAUCCAUGAAGGCCGAAGAGGACGAGCUGGACGAGAUCCUCAAGAGCUCCGUGCCAGGUCUGGUCAGUAAGUCUCGCGCCGGGAACGGGCUGGACUUGACCUCCGAACGAAGUGGCCAGGAUGUUUCGGCCGCAGGGCACAAAUUGUUGAUCGAGCCCGGCGUCUUCAACAUGACCAUCUUGCUCCCGCCGUCGUUGACCUUCCUCCAACGUCUCAAGGACGUCGUCCCCACGACCGCCCACAUCCCCAUGAGCACCCUCACGUCCUUCCUGGACGACUUCCUCAUCAACGUGUUCCACCCGCAACUCGAAGAGGCAGUCACCGAGCUCUGCACCCAGUGCAUGAUCGAUCUGGAAGCCUUUUCGGAAGACUCGCAAUGGUCGAAGCAUUCCACCCACCCGGUGUUCAAAGGCACCGUCUCGUUCAUGGGUCUGAUCCGUGCGUUCUCAGGCAUGCUCGGCUCGAUUCCCCAGGAUCAAAUGUUCACGCAGCUCAUCAUCGACCAACUCGUCACGUACUACGACAAAUGCUUCGGGUACUACAAGGCUCUGGUGAGCAGGGUCGUGCCGUCCUCCGCGAACCAGAACGUCAACACUUUGGCACUCAAAGCGGCCGCCGCCUUUGCCGAGUCAGGAGAGGUCCGCGAUGCCGCGCUCGAAUUGCUCGCGCACGAUUAUUCCGGCGGCGCGACUUCCCGAGCCGCCCUCGUCGCGAAAGAAGUCCAGGCCUUGCUGUCUGCGACGAAACAACACCCCCUGUCAUCCUACGACAUCAUCUCCGAUCCAAAGUCCGUCCACCAGCUCUCCCUCUUGUACAACUCGAUGCAGUGGCUCUCUGCCGCCCUAACGCAGAUCCGCCACGUCGAAAGCGGCCACCCCGGUCACACGCGAACGGGCUCGCAGGCCAAAGCUGCUCGACGGUGGACUCUGAUCACGGGCCUCCGGUCCCUCGGCGGCAAGUCACCGAAUCACCCUGGAGCCACGGCGCCCGUCCUCCUACCACUGGGCUCGGAAACAGCUGUCGCGUUCGACGGUACCGUGUCUUCGUUCCGCGCUCUCGCCCAGUCCAGUCUGCUGACUCUGCACAUCGACAUCCGCUGCGGCAUCAUACACCAGCUCUCGCGCACGCUCCGCGGGCCUGGCCCCGAGGCCGAUGCGACCAACAAUGGCUCCACGACAUCGCCCGGCGAACCUUUGAACCGCGACUCGACGACCCUCCCGCCGCUCGGUUCGGGUCUGUAUCCGUACGUGCUGGCUGCGCCGCCGACUUCGGCGUCUCCGUUGAUUCUCGAGUUGAACAAUGACUUGAUUGCCUUUGACUCAAACAUCGCGACUUACCUGGGGUCUCGCGAGAGGGGUUUCAUCCUGACCGGUCUCGCCCGGCUCGUGGACCGCUACAUCGUGAUCGCCGCCGACUCGAUUGGCGUCAUGAACACCAACGGCGCGGAGAGAGUGCGCAUCGACGCCAUGGUCAUCCAGCAGAACCUCAGAGCCGUCCUGGCCAGUACUGCCUCGAACACUCACGCAACGAGGGAUGCUGCUGCAGUCGGCGGUCGAUCUGCAGGUGUCGUCGACGCCGACAAGAGCAGCGUUGCCGCGGGUCUAGGUAUCUCGACCGGGGUGCCAGCCGAAGCCGAAGACGACAACGACGACGAUGAUACUUCGGGCCUAUUGACUUGGUCAUCUCAAUAUUUCAACCUCUUCCUGCAAGGGCCUGACGCCGUGUUGCAGUACGUUCGAGAUUGCAAGGCGCAAAAGAGGGAUGUCGGGUACACGUAUGAUGAAUUGCGGACGUUGGUGGAACUGUGUUGUAGUGCCAAACUCAGGGGGGAGGACCGAGAAGAAAGCAUCAAGGCCAGAAAAGGUCAGCAGGAAAUCUUACUCGCUCUGGGCGAGGUCAUGUGGGAUUCGUAGCAGGGAUUUUUUUUCUUUCCACGGCGGUAGGUAAGUCUUCAAGGCGUUAGGGACCGACGUGUUUGAUAUGUACGUGAUAGGAAGGGAGAUGUGUACGGUGUACGGUACAUGCGCAUGUGCAUGAAUGUGUGUAUACAUUGGGUGAGCGUGUUGCUGCGAAAUAUGAGCGUGUCUUGAAUCUGCCAUUCAUACUGUAAGCUCUCACACUUGAGGAGCCUUUUUAUUUGUUCUAUCCUUGCCAAUGUGGAUUGAUCAUCAUCAUCAGGCGAGUUGAGGUCUGUAGCCAGUACUCGUAGAAG